AAUUAAUCACUGAAUCACAGUGUUGAUCACGUUAAAGUAAUUAACAGCAAAGUCAAUAUUUUCAAAUUUUCAGAACUGUUGUAGCUAACGUUAGCUCUGGUCUCUGUACCAGGACUGUUGUAGCUAACGUUAGCUCUGGUGUCUGUACCAGGACUGUUGUAGCUAACGUUAGCUCUGGUCUCUGUACCAGGACUGUUGUUAGAUUUAAAUACUGCAGUUUAUCCAGGUCGACAGUACUUUUAAGUGUAGUCUAAUAGCAGUAGUUUGAGCAGGAAUAUCAUUUUCUUUUUCAUAUAUUUUCUAAUGAUAAAAGGUCAGAUCUGUAACUCCGUCAGCGGUGAGUGACUCUGAGAGGUGUUUAAUCUUCCAGGCUCAGUAAAUCCUCCGUGACGACAUUAGUCUGAAAAUAAAUCAAGACCGGUUCAUUUUAAAUAUAUUGAUCUGGACUUACAGAAGUCCAUCAGAGCGCCCCCUGGUGUUUUUGCUUGGUAUGCCAUGGUGUCAUUCAGCCUCUGUUAUCGCAGAGCCUGGACACACACACACACAGAUUUAAUAUAAUCUGUAAUGUUAGUAAAAUCAUUUGUGCAGAUUAGUUUCAGACUAAAAUAUAAUUUUAAUCCAGGAUGAAAGUCAGAUUAGAUGUUAAACUACAAACACAGCAGAACAACAAGAUGUGUUCAGGUAAAACCACUGUCGUUGUUUAGGACCUAGACUGUUCUGUGGGUUAGGGUUAGGGAGGUGAAAGGUCAUUUCACAUAUUUACCUGUUGGUUGUGGAACAUUUCUCUAGAAUCUGCCGUCGUACCACAUGACUGAUCCAGGCCUGAAGGUUCCAGCUUCUCACAUCUCAUGGUUCCAGCCCUGACGUCGUCGUCGUUCUCUCUGCAGCUCAAAGAUCCCGUGGCCUAACGUGAUUUGAUUUGUCACAGAUUAUCUCCGUUCAUCCAGACGGAGGCAUGUCCGAGUGUCGGCUGAAGAGUUUCCUCCAGGAAACGUCAGCAGAUAAAAACCAAAAACCCAAAACAUGAACACAUGAAGUGUAAAUGUAGAAAACCAACCGUGAUUGGCCGAGGCCCAGAUUCUUUCUGUGAUUUGUGGAACGUGAAUCUUCUCUGUGCUGUGGGGGAAGAGCAGAUCUAAUCCUGACUCCUCCUGGAUUAGACUACUAAUCCUAUUACCACACAGGCAUGAGGUGCAACACCCACUCCCCAGCUACAGCCAAUAACACGGCUCCAUCAUCACUGUCUUCUCUGGAACGUCAGUAACUACAGUAAUCUAAGUAACUGUAUAUGUAGGAGUAACUAGGAGUAGUAAAGUAGUAAUAUUCUAACUGGGAUUAAAUUCAAAUUGACCUCAAAUUGUUGCCCCUGAUUUUAACUGUGCUUCACAAAUUUUUUUUUAACCAAAAAUACUUGAAAAUAUUGACCAAUAAUUUUUUUCAGUGCAAUUAAAUAAAUUAAAUCAAAUUCCAUUUUUUCAGUGCAAUAUUUUUGUCAAUCUUAUAGUAAUAAGACAAGAAUAUUGCACUGAAAAAAAUUAAAUUUUUCAACAGUAAUAACCAGUAAAUUUAGCAGUUUGAAGUAGAGCGUGUAAAGAGUACAAUAUACUGUAUUGUUGUUGUUGUUGUUGUGUUGAGCUGUGACUUCCUGCAGGGAAAGUUUCCAUUGGCUCUGGCUGGCGGUCGGCGUCCCACAGCCCUGAGCUCUGGACCAUCUGUUCAUGACAGCAGAGCAGCAAACACCACAUCUCCAGCCAGUCAGUGAUUGGAGGAGGAGAGGAGCGUCUUCUUAAAAACCCGCAUCUGUCCGUGUGAUGGACUGGACCUGGUCCAGGGUCCAAGGAGAACAGACUGGAGCGUCUGAGACACCCAGGGUCACAGAGAGGACGGAGAACGUCUUCAUGAAGACGGGAGAUCUGAGGAAGAACGGCCGUUCGUCUGGGACCAGGAGGAGGAUGUUCUCCUUCUCACUGAGGUGUCGCCUGGGAGUCAUCAGAGGGAGGGAUGAAGGGCCGUACUCCAAGGGGCCCAAGGAGUCCGGAGCAGCCGAGUCCAGGAAGUCCAGUCUUCCAGAGGAGUGUCGCGGAGUGACCACCGUGGAGCUGAUGAAAAGAGAAGGCAGCGGCCUGGGCCUCACCAUCUCUGGAGGCUCGGACAAAGACGCCAGGCCCAGGGUUCUCAACCUGAGGCCCGGAGGACUGGCUGCCAGGAGUGACCAGCUGAACGUUGGCGACUACAUCCGAUCUGUCAAUGGCAUCAAUCUGUCCAAGCUCCGUCACGAUGAGAUCAUCCGACUGCUGAAGAACAUCGGGGAGCGGGUGGUGCUGGAGGUGGAGUACGAACUACCACAGAGCGGCCAAAGUCCAGGGACCAGAACCAAAACCAUGGAGGUGUGUUUACAUAAGGAGGGCAACAGUUUUGGCUUCGUGAUGAGAGGAGGAUUUCAUGAAGACUGGCGCAGAUCUCGCCCUCUGGUGGUGACCUACGUCCGACCCGGAGGACCAGCUGACAGAGAGGGCACGUUGAGGGCUGGUGACCGCGUGUUGAGCAUCGACGGGAUGCCGUUACACAGAGAGAAGCAUGCAGACGCCCUGACCGUGCUGAUGCAGAGCAGCCAGGAGGCGCUGUUCCUGAUUGAAUAUGACGUCUCUGUCCACGAGUCAGUCCAACAGGCCUCAGGCCCCCUGCUGGUGGAGAUAGUCAGAGGCUCCUCUGCCAGUCUGGGCAUCAGCCUCACAACAACAACGUACAGAGGGAAACAGGUCGUUAUCAUCGACAAGAUAAAGACAGCGAGUGUGGUCGACAGGUGUGGAGCGCUGCGACCUGGAGACGUCCUUCUGUCCAUCAAUGGGACCAGCACCGACCACUGCUCACUGAUGGAGGCCACGCAGCUGUUGGCCAACACUCCUGACACUGUCAAACUGGAAGUCCUCCCGGCCAAUCAGAGCAGACUUCCUGUCCGGCCACAGGACACAGUCAAAGUGCAGAAGAUCAGUCAUCCUCAGUGGGACCAGAGCAGCAGCGCCCCCCACUGUCAGCUCCCUCAUGUCAGCCACGGCAGGACGAGGAGCAGCCCCUGUCACCUCCACAGUCAGCCGGAUCACAGGACUGUGGUCAGUGGCGGCUUCUCUCCUUCCUCCACAGUCACUUCUGGUUUCAGCAGCCAGGGCAGUAACACCUUACCUUGUCCCAUCCCACCCACGACUCCCAGCAGCCCCCGCGGCUCCACGGGGAGGAGGAGAAACAGGAGGAAGGACCACAAGAGCUCACUGUCUCUGUCCUCCAGGUCCGUUGGACCAGGUGGUCAGGUCUUUCAUGUAGAAACCAGUGAGGUCUUCCUGCGGGGGGAUCCACUCACAGGGUUUGGACUCCAGCUGCAGGGGGGGGUGUUCGCCACAGAGGCUCUGUCUGCCCCCCCGGUCGUCCACUUCAUCGAGCCUGACAGUCCAGCUGAGAGGUGUGGUCUGCUGACGGACGUAGAGUCCGUGGUUCCCAGCAGCGGAACCUUCUACGUCAAACUGCCCAAGAGGAGAGACGUGGAGCUGGGGAUCACCAUCAGUGCCAGUAAAAAACCUGGGACGCCGCUCAUUAUUUCUGACAUCAGAAAAGGAAGUACAGCUCACAGAACCGGUACUCUGGAACCUGGAGACCGGCUGCUGGCCAUCGACAACCUGCGUCUGGAGAACAGCACCGUGGAGGACGCCGUGCACGUCCUGCAGCAGGCGGAGGACAUGGUCAAACUGAGGAUCCAGAAGGACGAGGACAACAUCGACGAGCUGGAGAUGAGCGACUCCAUCAUCUACACCGUGGAGUUGAAGAGGUACAACGGACCGCUGGGAAUCACCAUCUCUGGAACCGAGGAACCCUUCGACCCCAUCGUCAUCUCCGGCCUCACCAGGAAAGGCCUGGCUGAGAGGACCGGGGCCAUCCAUGUCGGAGACCGAGUGCUGGCCAUCAACGGAGUCAGUUUGAAGGGGAAGCCACUGAGCAAAGCCAUCCACCACCUGCAGAUGGCAGGAGAGAGCGUCACCCUGAAGAUCAAGAAACAAGUGGAGCACCGUGGAGGCGGGUUCCUGAGUGACACCGAGGACGAGCUGACGGACUUCAACAGGAACAGGAAACACUCGGAGCUCUACUCUGCCACUGGUCCCAGCACAGACUCGGCCAUGAGUUCCUGGGACAGUUUAGGGUUUGACGCCGGCUACGGUCACCGAGGAAGUGAUUUCCAGAAUGUCUCUGACACGCUGCUGGACCCCAACGACUGGAAACGCUCCAGACCCAGGAACCAGACCAGGGCGCCCUCUGCAGGUUCAGAACGCACACCGCUGUUUGACAGCAGGUUGUCUGAGGACGAGGCUGACGCCGUCCCUGGAUUCAUCAGCCCCCGCUGCCGUCGACCCCUGACACAGGACAACGACUUCUGGUCUCUAGCUCUGCAGGACCUGGAGACCUGCGGUCAGUCCCAGAUUCUCCGGGAACUGGAGGCGUCCAUGACAGGAAGUUGUCUGAGUCUGUACCUGGAGGAGACGAGGACCAGUGACGACUCCUGGUUGGAGCCAGAAACCAGUGCCAUAAAAACAGAAGAAGACCAGUCCCAGACUGAAAACAACCUGAACUUGUUGAACAGAGACCCACCAGCCAAGGUCAAAGGGUCAACCACCAGGGCGCGGACCACUUCAGCCCUCACUCUGCACAAGAUAUCGGUCAGAAAAGACCUGCAGAACCACGACUUUGGCUUCAGCGUGUCUGACGGACUCCUGGAGAAGGGGGUCUUCAUCAACAUGAUCCGUCCUGACGGCCCCGCUGACCAGGCUGGGUUAAAGUCCCUGGACCGCAUCCUCCAGGUGAACUGCGUGAGAACCCGGGACUUGGACUGCGGUCUGGCCGUGCCCCUCCUCACGGAGGCCGGAGACAGUCUGGACCUGGUCGUUAGCAGGACAGCGGGGGCCGCGUCUGACGGCGGGGGGGCAGGUGACGGUGAAGAGCCUUCAGACCCACUCCACUGUUUCCAUCAACACCAGUCGACCAAUGGGAGCGUAGCUGUGUGACCACCACCACAGGAGCCGCCCUCUGUUAAACACACACACACUCACAGGGAGUUCAUGUGGGGGGGGGGGCUAAAGAGGGGGCACACACACACACCUCCCCACUCAUGUCCAGUGUACACAACAUUCCCUCACACACACUGACUUCCCCUGGACAUCAUUUGUCACUAACGCACAUGCACAUGCCCCCCC